UCCGCCCCUCCGGAGAAAGAGUUCGGGAGAGUCCCAAGGUGAAGUUCGCGCCCCUCCUGCCUCACACUCAUUUCGCGUUAAAGUGCAGUGCCCUUCUCCAAUCUAUUUGUGCCAGCCAACCGCCGGCCGUGUCCGCUUUGCACUGCCUUUGGAAGUUUAGGAGCUGCAAUGGGCGCCGCGGCCUCGUCGGCUCUGACGAGCCUCCGCCUUGCACUCCCAGGCUCAGCUCAGUCCAGGGCCGCCUGGAUCGGGGCUGCGGCGCUGGGACUGGCCGUAGCCACGGCUCUGGGGGCCGCGGCCUGGAGCACUAGGGACCGGCGGCGCCGGCGGCGGCGGAGCCUCAAACAAGUGGGCACUGUAACGGAGAUCUGUAUCUACCCCAUCAAGUCUUGCAAGGGAGUGAUUGUGAAUGAGGCCGAAUGCACGGAGAUGGGGCUGCGCAGCGGCAACCUGAGGGACAGGUUUUGGCUGGUGAUAAGGGAAGAUGGUCACAUGGUCACUGGAAGACAGGAGCCUCAAUUGGUGCUGAUUUCCAUAGCAUGGGACAAUGACCAAAUGACCCUCAGUGCUCCAGAUAUGGAUGAUUUGAUUGUUCCUAGAAAAGUACCCUCCACCAAUGCUAUUCGGAAUUGCAGGAUAUUUGGCGUUGACAUUCAGGGUAGAGACUGUGGAGAUGAAGUAUCUCAGUGGAUCACCAGCUUCUUAAAAACAGAGACAUGUCGACUGGUUCAGUUUGAAACUCACAUGAAUGGAAGAAAGUCAAAAGAAAUUUUCUUUCCCUUUGUUCAGAAUUACCAGGUGGCUUAUCCUGACUGCAGCCCCAUCAUGAUGAUCUCAGAAGCUUCCCUGUCAGAUCUUAAUACCAGACUUGAGAAGAAAAUAAAGAUGGAACAAUUUAGGCCAAAUAUUGUGGUGACUGGUUGCAAUGCUUUUGAAGAGGAUACCUGGGAUGAAAUCCUAAUUGGGAGUGUUGAAAUGAAAAAGAUUUUGUCUUGCCCCAGAUGUAUCAUGACCACAGUGGACCCAGACACUGGGAUCAUAACCAGGAAAGAGCCCCUGGAAACACUGAAGAGUUACCGCCUUUGUGAUCCAGCUGAGAAGCAUAUAUACAAGUCAUCCCCACUCUUUGGGAUGUAUUUUUCAGUGGAAAAAAUUGGAAGUCUGAAAGUUGGUGACCCUGUGUAUCUGAUAACUCAGUGAUGGAAAUCAGGUGAUAAGUGCUACAUAGUUGAUAUGGUUACAAUACUGGAAAUGGACUGAUCAGGAUCAGACAGCGACAUCUUGACAGACCCUAUAACAUAAAACCUUUUAGUAAAUUUGUCUUGGAAAAACCUUAUACUACUUCUGACUGUAUUGACAUGUAUGUUCUGUAUGUUAAUAUGACAAAAGGGAAAGGUCUAGUGGGAGAGGGUAGGGGAAGAAAUAAUAAUAAUAAUAAGAUAAACUUUAGAUGCCCAUUUAUUGGGGAAUAGCUAAAUGAAUUUUGGUACAUGAAUUUAAUGGAAUAUUAAUGUGCUGUAAGAAAUGAUUGGGGAAGUUAGAUGGCAUGGUGGAUAUAGUGGAUAGGGCACCAGCCUUGAAGUCAGGGGGAACUGAAUUCAAAUUUGAUCUAAAACACUUAACAUUUACUAGCUGUGUGACCCUGGGCAAGUCAACCCCAAUUGCCUCACAAAAAAAAAAGAAAAAAUGAUGAAUGUGAUGGAUAUAGAGGACUAUAGAAAGAUCUACAUAAGUUGAUGCAGAGUGAAAUAGAAAAGAGAAAAUAGUAACCACAGUGAUUACAAUGAUACAAAUGAAAUUAAACAGAAUUAAUGUUACAGAAUGAUACAGAAAUAAUCAAAAGAAUCAAAAGAAAAAGUUUAAAAUUUGGAAAGAACAAGUAUGACCCAAAAGAUAGAAAUAAGAAGACACCCUUCUGUCAGUCUUUUGAAGAAAUGGGAUGCCUACAGGUGUGUUGUGCUGCACAUAUUUUCAGAAUUUUUUGGUGUAUUUUUUUCCUUUUCCUCCCUUUUUCUUUUUUUUUCCCUUUAAAAAUAUUAUUUGUAAUAUGGGAUGUCUCUCUCAGAUGAGAAGAGAAGAAAUUCUGGUGAUAUUAAAAAAAUAUAAGAUCCAUUUAAUAAUAAGCUAAUUAAAAUGACAUCUUAAAUUCCUAACUUUGCUAAUAUUGAGAAAAAGUAAUGAACCCUAUUACUUUGCAAAAAAGAGGGGCUGUUAGGUGGUGCAGUGGAUAGAGCACUUGCCCCAGAGUCAGGAGGUACGGAAUUUCAAUUUGGCCUCAGACACUUGUCACUUACUAACUUUGUGACCCUGGGUAAAUCAUUAAUCCCAAAUGCCUUGCCAAAAGAAAAGAAAAGUAACAGAAAGAAGAGUCAUUAAGCUUCAAAGUAUAAUGUUUCUAACAUUUCCCUAUUUGAGGAUAAAUUUAAGCUCAGACACUUCUUUUACAUCUUUCUACAAUCUUUAUAUAACUAGUAGAUUGUUCACCUUUAUUUUUCUGCCAGUAGGAGUAAUCUAAUCCUAGAUACUUGAUAUGUGAGUUUUUAGUAUGGAGAGAUGUUAUUUUGAAACUUUUCUAGGAUAAGAAUAUAUCUGAUCAGAAUGGAGCACAGGAGAAUAGAAUUUCAAUUGGAAUAGUUUAUUUAAGACAGUGAUUGACCUAAGAAGAGCAUGAAUAUUUUUUAAGAUAUUGAAAAUUAACUUAAAUUAAUGGAAAUUUCCUCUUUUAGUAGUAUGAUUAAGAAAGAAUUUUUCUUGACUCCAUCUGCCAUUGAGAUAAUCUACUUCUGAUUUUAUAUUUUUUAUUGUAAUAAAUAUAAAUUGAAAUUAAACAUUCUUAAAUUUUGAGGCUCA